AUGGAGGAUGAAGAGGGCUACACGGUAUUAAACCUCCGUCCGAAGCAGAGACAACCGGGAGCUGGGCCCCAAGGGGGCUCCGGAUGCAAACUCUGCCCCAGGGACUGGCUGCUGCAUGGGGACAAGUGCUACUGGCUGUCUAAAGAGAGUAAAGACUGGACUGGGAGCCGUGAGGACUGCUCGGGGAAGAGCUCUCGCAUGCUCGUGAUCCGGAACCAGGAGGAGAUGGAUUUCAUACAGGAUGUUACACAAGGUUCAAGCUACGUCUGGAUUGGACUUACGGUGACACCCGCAGGGGGGAAAUGGACCUGGGUGGACGGUUCCCUGUUAGAUCCAAUGCUCUUCCAAGUCUCAGGCUCUGCUGAAGGGAACAGCUGUGGCUGGAUAAGAGGCAGCCGGAUUCAGGCUGAGACGUGUGGUGCUGAGUUCAAAUGGAUCUGCCAGAAAGAAGCUGCCGUGAUAUAA